ACUGUCUUUACGAAUGCGGAAUGAGUCAGUAAAUGUAAACUCAUAAUUUUGUUUAGUGAGUAGGUAUACCAUAGAAACAUAAUCUAGAAUUAGAAUGAAAUGCAAGUGCUAGUGGGAAAUUGGCGUAUAUGAGGUAGUAUGUUUGUUUCCUCGUGAGUCAUUGGGAUGUAAAAUUGAAUAUCAGUUUUAGCAUUGAGGUUGUGUUUUUAUAAAAUACCAUAAAUGUUAAAAACAGAUCAAAAAUUUGCAGUGGACAUUGUUUCGACCCCAGAAGAACGUUUGAAAAGACUACUUACAGAUUAUGCAUCUGUAGAAAUUGACGCAAGUAUACCUCCUAAAAGGUAUUAUCGUUCAGGAUUAGAAAUGGUGAGGAUGGCGAAUGUUUAUCGUGAAGAAGGACAGUUAGAAAAUGCCUACAUUUUAUACAUGAAGUUCAUUGUAUUGUUCCUGGAGAAAACAAAAACUCAUCCAGGUUGGAACACUCUGCCCGUGACUAAUAGAGCUGUUAUCCAACAAAAGUUGAGGGAGGUGUUCCCUAAGGCAGAACAACUCAAAAGUGAGCUGUCUAAAAAGUUUGAGGAAGAAUAUGAACGCUUUUUAAAAGAUGAGAAGAGGCGUGAAGAGGAGAGAGCCCGGCUGGAGAAUGAGAGGCGGAAGAUGGCUGCCAGUGUUGCCAACAAUGUUAAGAUUGGUGUGGUGGUACCCCCCCACCCCUCCUUGCUGCUUGAGCCGGUGCCUCCACUACCGGACGAACUUAACUACAACCUGGAACCAAGUGCCCCCUUUCCUCCACAGCCAUCCCCACGACAGAAGCCUACCCCAGAUACCCUUAGGUUACCUCCUUCCACGGCCGUGCCUGGGGUGGACAGAUCCACAAAGCCUAUGUCUCUGCUCAGUCCCACGUCACAACAGAGGUUAGGACUGCGAACCGUAGUCGUUCCCCAGAUCCUACACGCCAAGUUCAUCCUGCUCGCGCAGCGGAGCACUGAAAAGAACAUCGAGACCUGUGGUAUUCUUGCAGGCAGGCUGGAUCAUGAUCACCUGGUAAUAUCACAUCUGAUAGUGCCCAAGCAGCAUGGAGGAGCGGACUACUGCAACAUGGACAAUGAGGAAGAGAUCUGUGAGUACUCGGACCAGAGAGAGCUACUCACACUCGGAUGGAUACAUACACAUCCGACACAGUCUGCGUUCCUGUCCAGUGUUGACCUGCACACGCACUUCAGCUACCAGUUGAUGAUGCCGGAAGCCAUAGCAAUUGUCUGUGCCCCCAAGUACCAGGAAGUAAAAGUGUUCUGUUUGACACCGUUCCAUGGACUAGAUUUCAUCAAGAACUGUCGGCAGCCAGGAUUUCACCCGCAUCCGAAUGAUCCACCCUUGUUCAUGGUAGCGGAACACUACAGAAUGGACACUUCUGCUUCACUAGAGCUGGUAGAUCUGCGCAGAUAGUAACAGAUCCGCAGAGUCGCACAUUCCUUGCACCAAAGAUAUGCUUGCUUCAUCUCACGAGUUAUGACUGAGCGAUCUUUAUCAAUUGUGUUGCUACUUUGUACGAUAUAUGGUAUUUAUUUUUUAAAAUUAUAUUGUUAUUACAUAAAAGCUUUUAUCAAUAAAAUUACCAAUUGUUUUA